CGGAAUCUCAAAGUCCCCAAGGUGGCCAGGGAGGUGGACAUCGGGAAACGACGGCAGGGGAGGGCCAUAUCGCGUUAUGUCAGCGAUGAUUUGAGAGACCAUGCUCGGCAUCUGCUCGAGAGUUUCGAGCACAUUGUCGAGUGCGUCCUCCAGGAGUUCAAGAGUCAUAGCUGGUCGUGGUGGUUUAAAGGGAAGAGAGCAUGCCGAUGCCAAUUUCCCUUCGGCACGGGACAGAGUCCGAUCAAAACUUGUUUUUGCUACAUGACCUCUGCCCCCAUCGAGCUCACGCGUGUUUCUUCGCGGUUCUUGACAGAGGACCAUCCACAGCCACAACACGAUAUCGAGCGACCCGACUUGUUCUCGUUUGGGCCGUCCCGUGAUGAAACAAUUCUCGCAGCUAUCCACCCCGAAUGGCGACGGAAUCUCUUUGCACUCCUCGAGCAACCGACUUCCUCCCAGGCGGCAUUCAUGGUACACGUGCUGCAUAUAGCCCUCAUUGUAAUCUCUGCCGUCGUCACCGUGCUGGAAACUGUGCCUGCGUUCCACCAAGUUAAGACAAGCGUUUGGUUUGGUUUAGAGACGAGCUUAGUAGCUUUGUUCACAAUGGAGUACGUGGCGCGAUGUUUUGCCUGGAGUGGGACAUGGAUGGGUCUCUUUCGGUGGAUGUUCUCCUUCUUUGGAAUCAUCGACUUCCUCUCCGUUGCGCCAUAUUAUCUUGAACUCAUUCUUGCCCAAGAUACUUCCGUUUUCUUCAGGUUCUCGAUUCUGCGCAUGUUUCGCCUCCUUCGUGUAUUCCGACCAUUCCGGUCUAAUAAUACUGUACUAUUAACGAUAGAAGUCAUGUAUAUUUCCGUCCGACAAUCUCAACACGCGCUUUUUGCGCUCGGCUUCUUCGUGGUCAUGGUCCUCACCGUCUUCAGCACCUUACUAUACUUUGCUGAGCGCGGCACAUGGGACGACAUCCUCGAGACCUUCAUAAACACGGACGGCGACCCGUCGCAGUUUGCCAGCAUACCCGCCGCCGCGUGCUUCGUGCUCGGACGGGAGUUCAGUCUCGUCUGGGAACGCAUGACACGUGACUCGCCGCAUUCGGAGCCCAGCUCCCCGAUCACAUCAACGUUUAUACCCCGCCGGGACCCGUUUACCCCUCCAUCCGGAGACCUUUCCAAUCGCAAGCUUGCACACAACCAAACAGAGCUCAGCAACCAGAUCACGGAGCUGAGGAGUAUUGUCGAGGCCCAGGGCCAUUUGAUCGCCCGGUUGGCUGCAGCCAUAGAGGGCAAGGGGAAGGGCAGGCAAAGAGAUGUAGAGUAA